GAAACCCAUUAAUUUGGCCAAGUGCCUCUGGGCUCACGGCAACGCUAUAGCAACAAUGUCCAURCAUCUGUGGGUCUUCUCUAACGAUAGUUAUGUUUUGCCAUCAGUCUACGUUAAAUACGCUAAGACUGGAAAAGUAGUCGAGUCCUUCUAGUAAAUUCCAAGUGGACGAAAUUUCGCGGGGRAAAACGACAACAACUCAAGACCUACAAGAAUGGCGCUAAAAAAGAGAGAUUUCCAAAAGAUCGCUCAGCAAGUACAAGAAUUCUUAGUCAAACUAGCCUGUGAGGAAGGAACGGCAGWUUUACGAGACGCGUUGAACUUGGCUCUUCUUUAUACUCAAAGAUACUAUAAAACAUUACGGACUCGCAGUCAUUCGAAUAAGGUGUCUUCGGGCUCCGAACAUCGAUCCCUUAGCGGUACAUUGCUUUUUACUAACAGUUGUGGAGCAGUUAGCCCUGUAUCGCCUGCCUGUGGUGUGCAGAACCAGUUUGAAUGGAAAUGGUAUAAUCUCGAAUCACCAAAAUUAUCAGCAAGUUUGGGUACCUCAGAGUUCUGUUCGAUAUCUCCUUUCUUGCAAGCCGCUAAAACAGGUGAUAUCGAAGUACUCAAGGCACUGAUCGAUGAAGAMCCAGAAGCUGCUAAUAAUUCAUUGGAUGGUUUGGGCAGGAAUGGAUUGAUGUAUGCUGUUCACGGCAACACACCAGCACAUAUAGAGUGCCUCGAACUAAUUCUGGAAAAAACACAGAUUGAUCCAGACCACCAAGCCAAUGAUUAUUCUACUGCCCUUCAUGUUGCUACACAUGAGAACAACACCACAGCACUGAAGUUAUUGCUACGAAAUAAGGCAUCAUGUUCCAUAGAGGACAACGAAGGCCGCACAGCACUACAUUGGGCSGCGGCUAACCCCUCAGUAGAUAACCUCAAGCUUUUAUUGCAACAUGGUGCUAAUAUCAGAGUCAGUGAUUGUGAAGGGUUGACUCCAGCCAUGUGGGCAUGUCAUUUUGAUCAGCUGAAGAAUCUGACUGUUCUUCAGUCAGCUCUCAGUAGAGUUGAUCCUYGUGAUGAAGCCCUGUAUGAAGAGACAGACUUGAAAGGAAGGACUGUUGUGCAUUGGGCAGUCAACAAGACUGGGUCAACAGAAUGUCUGAAGGYGCUACUUACAAAGGAAUCAGGAAUACUAUAUGACAACGAGAAAAAGAACAUUCUCCAUACUGCAGCAGAACAAGGUGUUUUACCGGCGUGUCAGCUUGUUUUAGAUGUCUGUGGAGAUGAGUGUCUKUCCAUGACAGACAGUAAGGGAAGGACACCUCUUCAUCUUGCUGCUCUGUGCGGCCACGCGGAAAUUCUCAUGUUUCUACUCGAGAGAGGUGCUGAUCUUUCUGCACGGGAUAACAAYGGCCUUACUCCUGUGAACAUCAUUGAAAACAAGCAUUUGUACUACUGUAUGAUGGUGCUUAGUCUGAAUCCACAGUACCAGAAACUGUAUUCAGACCAAAACAACAAUAACUCGAUAACGAGUCCGCAUUUAGAUACGUCUGAUGAAACAAGCCGCAGUCGAAAGAUUUCUCCAUCCGCUCCGCYGGCGUCUGAAGUCAUCGACGACSAAUCUYGCACRGAAGCGAGAGAAAACCAUAGAACUGGUGAAGAGGACAAUGCGAUAUUUUACAAGGUAGACUCUUCUAACAGGCGUAAAUCAGAAGUAACGAGUACGCAAUUAGAACCACCUAAACCUCAACCAAGAAGGUCGAGAAAGCAAUCUGCACCAGCAAAACUUGGGCAUAAAAAUUACGAGRAAGAUGAAGAAGAWCUUCAACAAAAACGAGAGAUUCAAAGCCCAGAGUGCAGCAGUGGCUCAGAUAGCAAGGAAAAGCAGGCUCCAGUUCGACGACAGAGUUUACUGAUGCGACAGGAUGGRAUCCAGGARGAACCGGUUCAACAGGAUUUGUUGAGAGCUGCCUCUUUUGACCUGCGCACUGAGGACGGUACCGUUGUCUUGAUUGGAGAUAUCGAUGACUUACAAGCCAAUGCUGACGCUUUAGAUUUGAACGACGACGUUCUUGAGAUUGAUUGCGGCGACAARCACGAAGAAGAAGAAAACUUUGGGUACUCAAGUUCUCAUUUGGCGGAGGGACGUGGAAGUGCAUCYAGCGCGAAGAGCGAGCUUGACCAUGCAGAUAAUUGUAGUGUUAGUGUGGAGAUGAGCGUAUCCAGCAUCGGCAGCGACAACGAUAAUGGGUUAUUUAAUGACACACGUGAUAUACAUGAAGAAGUAUUGGAUGAUAGAGAUUAUGGUCAACCAUCAUCCAGUCCUGAGCGGAAGGUUAAUGUAAUAGCGAAAGGGACUGGACAACUGGUUUACCCUGCUCCUCCACCCAAUGAACCAUCCRUGCAACAACCACCCCACCCCCCUAAAAGUCCUCGUCAAAUCCACCACGAAUCUCAACACCAAGGAACAUCCUCCCAACCAGAACUAAUAUCAGAAACCACAGAAAAAAAGCCAAAAAAGAAAAAAGAAAAAAAGAAGAAGAAAGAUUCUUUGCACCAAGAGUCUUCUUCUCGGCCUCCUGUUACUCCUCCCCUUGGCGUCAUUGCACCUCUGGAGCCUCCCUCGAUGUCUCCGCUUGGUCCUGGUCCUGGUCCUUCGAAGCUCGGAGGGAUGAACGGGAUCGUUACAAAGCCAGGCCCAUGGGAGCAUGCAAGCUUAGGGCUCCUAAGAAGGGGUUCUCCUGAAUCACCUCGAUUUGGCCCUCAACCUCCUUACAGAUCUUCGGAAGAAUUUGAAGUGUACAACGAAAGAGGUGGUCUUGAUCGACCAAGAACACCCGAGCCACCCUGGAACUCAAGUCGCGACGUCAUGACAAAACCCUUGUACCAUCCAACACCACCUGGAGGGAGAGCUCAAGGAGAGGAACGAGACUUGUAUGGAGGUGCCUCAGGAUAUGUUAACCAAAACCAGGCAUUAUUAAGGAAUACUGAAAUGAUGAUUAGGGGACCGCCCACAGGGAAGAAUGGGGGAAUCAUGGGAAAUACGAUGCCAAGAUCCAAAAGUCCUCAGAUGACAGCCUUCAGUCUGCAUGGUGGACCCAUGCCUCACCCUCCUCAAAGAUAAAGUAGAUCCCCUACAUCUAUAUCAAGUGAUGUUGGAAAGCCCUUCAAUACUAGAGUGCAUACUUUAUAUCAGUGAAAAAGUUGACUUGCAAAUUCCUUCAAAUUAUUGCAGAGUUUUGUAGGUCUACGGUUUAAUGAGGUCUACUGUACUCACUAAUUAGUGCAAAUUUGUGGAUUUUUUUUUUUUAAUGUUCAUGGAUUUGGUUCACGGUAUGCACUCUGUUGUUCUCUUGGAUCAGAAGUAAAGAUCUGCAGAAGCCGCCAAAGAAAAAACUACAUCCAAAACCCUAAAAGACAUUGGUUUACAGGGUGCUAUGACAAGACAGAGCUCUCAAGCAUUUUAUUAUCCAUUCUAAAGUUGAGGAAAAAGAUGCAUCAGAAGCUUGACUAUGGACUACCUUGGACUCAUUCCGUGCCAGAAUAACCAUAAGGAAUGACCUGAUUGGUUAGCAUAUUUGGUAAUGCUUCCUGCUGAUUGAAAGCAAAAGCUUCACAAUGACAUUGUGUAUUUAUUAAUCCUCCACAAAUAUCCUAAACACGGAUUUCAGUUUCUCGUUUCGUAUUCAAAUCGGCCUUGCAGCUUGUUAUCGGGGUCGAGUAAGCAUUGUAAUGCAUUAAGGGACUGUUUUGAAAAAAAUAAUUCCAAGAUGGCGUCUAUUUUAUCCCUUCCCCCCCUCCCCAAAAAAAAGCAGAGCUUUCCCCUCAACCUUGGAUUGGCUAAUAGUCUGGAUGUACUCUCGGUAUUUUCUUUCUUUCAUUCUCUCUUUUUCAUUCGUUUCGAUUGGCCUAGACAUUGCAGCAUACAUAAAACUUCCCACUCUUCUAUACCUAAAUGAAUGCACUGCAAUCCAUGAUGCCUCGUGUGCUAAUAGAUUCCACCAUGUGGGAUCUAAAAACCUACUCGUAUUUAUAAAUACACUAUUCUCUCAAAACUUUCUAACUCACCRGUUCUCUGUGGAUUUUGGAUAAUUUAUUACCACCGAGUCUGGCUGAGAAGUACAAGCAUGACCUCUACUAUAAUGUUGGUAAAAUUCAUAUAUUUUCUAGCAUGCAGGUUUCUAUGUGAUAUUUAUAUAGCAAUUGUAAUGCAUUCUGGUCUAGAUUAGGUAGUCUUUUGUUUGAUGUCUUAUAUGGUAAUGUUUGUACCCAAGCUAGACCAGAAUGCACCUCGUUUGUACAACUAACUUAUUUAUCUUGUAGAUCUUUUGUAUCGAUGAAAUCAUGCUCUUCGUAYGACAUGUAUAUAUAGUAUAUUAAAAUUUAUAAAGUAUUUAUAUUAUAUUAAGGUAUUAGUAGUAGUCUAAUGUAAAAGUGAGGACCAUAAAAUGCAUACUGGCUCACUAAACACCAGGGCUCAGUUCUUAGAAGGGUUGAUAGCACUAUCGGACAGAUAAACCCACAUCCAGUGGAUAACUCAAUGUUAUCCAAUAAAUUUAACUACUGGAUAAGAUUUGUGAUGGAGCUAUCCACUCGUCAUACAACCGGGACCAGUACAAAAUGACAGAUGUAGUACAUUAAGUUAUUGAUGUAAUAAAGUUACACAUCCUUCUCAUGAGA